GAGAGCCGUUGCAAAGGAAGGUCCUCCUAUUACUACCACAACAAGCGGGGGGCGACCGCGACGGCGUCCCUGGUUCCUAGAGACUGCCAUUAAACGGUAUCACUAUUGCCAUUUUUCAAUUGCCACUGCUGUGUUGCUGUGGCCUCAAUUUACCUGUGAUGAUAACUUGGAUCGAGAAAUAACCGGAAAUAUGAUGGAUGAUCGUCUUGGAUAUGUACCUUCACACGAAGUAAAGAAAACAUUUUUUGGUGUUUCUAAUUUGUCAAGCAGCCAUGUUUUCGAAGAUUAUAAGGAUAAUGAUGGACUGCAGAAGAUCUUUUCAGAAAUAAACAGCAUAAAAGUUGGUAUCGAUAUGCCUGAAAUUGACCUGCAGAAAACACCCCUCGUGAGCAUCUUUGAAAAAAUGAGGAAAAAUUUGAAGACUAUACAUUUCCCAUCAUUGUUAGUCAACUGCAUGGCUACAACAAAAAAUAAGAAAUAUAAAGAAAAAAUAAAAGUAGAGGGAAAGGAGAUAAGGUCACUUGUGAUGCAAGAUCCAGAGGAGGAUGAUAUGAUAAACAUUGAGUUGGAUGGGAGAUCUUUGCAGCUUUAUAAAAACCAACUGGAAUGGUGUUAUAUAUAUAGGUUCAUAGUAAGGGUACUGCAUUUUUUGUUACCAAUGGAAAUUUGGGGGCAUUCUAAGAAUUUUAAAGUCAUUAGGCAGAAAAUAAAGUAUAUAUUAAGAAGUGGUUGCAGAGAUGUUAUAUAUUUGGGUAACAUACUUCAGAAUUUAAAAAUAUCUAGUUUCAAAUGGGCAGCACCAUUUGAGAGUUAUUUCAUGAAAACACACAUUAUAAGUAAGGUAAUAGUUUGGGUCAUUGAGAAACUAGCUUUUACCCUCAUAAGGAAGUAUUUUCACGUUACUGAAGGAAAAACAACACGAUACCAAAUGAUUUUCUACCAUAUAAGUUCUUGGAGAAGUAUACAUGAAAGUGGUAUUUCUACUCUGGUAAACAAAGGCUCACUAAAAUUGCUAAAUAGAGCAGCUGCAGUGAAAAUAGCUGAAUGCCAGUCAAAGUUUGGAAAUUACAGCUGUCCCUCCAAGAUACGAUUCAUACCAAAGCUUAAUGGAGUGAGGCCGAUUGUCAAAUCCCAGAAUGUAGGUGCCUCAAAGGUUCUGUUGCUAAAGCAGCGUUUGCUUUUGGUAGAAUUUUCUAGCUUUUUUGAAGUUGGUGUUUCAAUUAAAUCCACUAAGUGUUUUACCAAAGCUUGGGAAGACUAUGUUAAGGUAGUCAGGAGUUUGAAAGAAAACGUUUAUAUCGUUAAAGUUGAUAUUACAGAUGCAUAUGGUAGUGUUUUACACAGUAAAUUGCAGGAAAUCAUUGGAAAUUGUAGGCGUACAUUUCCAAAGAAGAUUUAUUUUGAUCAGUAUGUAGAAUAUCAUGGUCCAUUUACUAAGACAAACAAGAAAGUAUAUGUGAGACUAGAUGAAAAUCACCAACCUACAUCCCCGUUAGUAAGAAACUCUCACAAAUUGGUUAAAUGUGGAGAUACUAUUGAAAUAGACACUGAGAAGGUAGGUGAUUCCCUUGAGAUACUUAUCCGUGGACAAGUUGUAAGAUUAGGAGUGAAACGGUAUUCUUUAAAGAAAGGAUUACCUCAGGGAGGGUAUUUGUCUGCCUUUCUUUGUGACUUAUAUUAUUCUAAUUUGUGUCAUGAUUACCUGGAAAGCUUUGUUAAUAAAACAAGUUAUUUGUUACGCUCAGUAGAUGAUAUCUUGUAUGUGACUACCUCAUUUGAAAAGGCAGAAAGUUUCUUGGGCCUCAUGAAUAAUGGAAUGAAUGAUUUUAAUGUCUCAAUUAAUUCAAGUAAAACAAAGCAUAAUCUAAUUGGCCCAACUAGAAUUUAUUUUGAUGGUGCCAUGAUUUGCACUAAAACUUUGCAAGUGUUAGUUGAUGUCACAGCAGUUGUGACAAGUUAUCCACGAUUUACAAUUAAAGUUAAUAGGUAUAAAAACCCAGGGAAACUGUUUGCAGAUCGUGUCCGUCAGGUUACAUUUGCAAGACUAAAAGGCAUGGUAAUUAAUCCUGUUUAUACAAAUAUUUCUGGACUUAUUUCCAAUGUAUGGAGGACAAGUUUGAUGACGGGGGCUAGGAUUUCAGCCUUAAUGGAUGCCUUAUUAAAACCAAGAAAGUUGCCAAACAUUAAGUUUAUAUGCAAAACUGUGGUGAGUGUAAGCAAGAAAAUUUGGAGUAAAAUCAGGGGAACUUGGAGAGAAACGAAGGAAAUUAAGGAAAUAAGGAGUGAGUUAUUAAGGGUUGUUUUCAUUGGGGGAAUUUUAAGCAUAUGGAGGCUCCCCAACUUUCCAGCACAUCCAAAGAUUUAUUCCGUACUUUAUCGACACAUGGUUCACUUACUGAAGGUACUUCCAGAAGAAUACCACUGCCGGCUACCAUUGUUUUGUAGGAAUGCCUUGAGGAUGCUUAGAACUGAGUAGAAAUGUUCUUUAUAAAGAGAAUACUGAAAUUUUAUAUAUGGAGAAAAUUGGACAAGCCGUGCCUUUUUUAACUUGCUAACUUAUACCAGAGUUUCAUGUGUUUUAUAGCAGUAUUUUUUUGGCGGCCAUUUGCUAUGAGUAAUAUAAAUUUCUACUGUAUUUCUCUUACCUUUAAAUUAUAAUCAUUGUUAAUAAGUUUAUUUUUUAACAUUUACAUUAAACAAUUUAUUUUAUU